UCCAAGGUCUCUCGAAUGCGGCCUGUCUAGUUGCAGCUGCCUGCUGCAUACGCUGUCCAAGAAUUGGACGCCGUUUAUCCAUUGUCCCAGACACAGCUUAAAAAUCCCUCGCAGCUAGAUGGCGCCAAGCCAAAAUACUCGCACGGAAGCCACCACACCAGCCCACAAGCCGCAACCGCCAUCGACAUGUCGGCAGCGGAGGAGCACCGGUGGCGCUCGCUGGUCUUCGGCGAGGCCGUGGCCGCGCAGCGCAGCGCGCUGGUGCUCGCGUCGUACCCGCUGCUGCUGCUCCUCGUCGUCCUGGCCGCGUUCGUCAGGGAGUACUUCGGCGGAUCGAUCGAGACACUCAACUGUUGGCCGCAGACUGCAAGGAGUACUUCAAGGCCGCGAUGCAGUUCGUCGUCAGCCCUGGAAAGUUCGGUGUGCUGCGGCUCGGGAGGGCAGGGCGGCUACAACUUCAACCUGAGGCUGCCCGCAGUGGAGGACUGGGUGCUGGACUCUAUCCCAUAUAGCGUAAAGAAACACGUGCAGCAGGCCAUGCCGGGAGACGGGGGAGCAGCUGGAAGCGCGAGGUGGGUUUGCGCGGUCCUUUCGGUGUUCCCGCUUCUAGCGGCGGCGGCCCAGGGAAGGUACCGCGCGGUGUUCAGUUUCGGGGACUCGCUGGUGGACGCCGGCAACCUGGUCACGGAGGGCAUCCCGGACUACCUCGCCACCGCGCGCCCGCCCUACGGCCAGACCUACUUCGGCUACCCCACCGGCAGGUGCUCCGACGGCCGCCUCGUCGUCGAUUUCAUCGCGCAGGAGUUGGGCCUCCCGCUGCCGCCGCCGUCCAAGGCCAAGAACGCCAGCUUCGCGCAGGGCGCCAACUUCGCCAUCACCGGCGCCACCGCGCUCGACACCGACUUCUUCCGGAAGCGAGGGCUCGGCAGCACCGUGUGGAACUCCGGCUCCCUCCGCACGCAAAUCCAGUGGCUGCGAGACCUCAAGCCAUCGCUCUGCAGCUCCGCGCAAGGCACACGAUGCAAGGAGUUCUUCGCCGAGUGCCUGUUCGUCGUAGGCGAAUUCGGUGGGAACGACUACAACGCCCCGCUGUUCGCCGGCAAGGACCUCAGGGAGGCAUACAAGCUGACGUCCCACGUGAUCCGAGCCAUCUCCGAUGGAGUCGAACAACUGAUCGCCGAGGGGGCAAAGGAUUUGAUCGUGCCCGGUGUGAUGCCAUCAGGGUGCUUUCCGGUCUACCUGACCAUGUACGCUGACCCCAAGGAAGGGCAUGGCUCGCGCACCGGCUGCCUCAAGCGGUUCAACACUUUCUCUUGGGUGCACAAUGCGAUGCUGAAGCGCGCGCUCGUGAAGCUCCGAGCGAAGCACCCUGGCGCGAGGAUCAUCUAUGGCGAUUACUUCACGCCAAUCAUCCAGUUCAUACUCCAGCCCAAGAAAUUCGGCAUCGCAUCCUGGGACCCAUAACUCUUUUAGCAACAUUCUGACCAAUCAAAUAGAGAAGCAUGGGACUGCAUUGCUGAAACAUCUGUGUCAGAAGGAGAAUCUUCCUUCCAUGCUAUGCAUUGGUUUUCUCCCGGACAUCAUCAAGAGAUGGGUAUAAAUUCUUCCAUCCUUGUCAUCUGUGCAUGAUGGGGGUGCAAGAGCUGCGUGGCCAUCCCUGUAUUAUUUUCUAUCUAUCAUAGAUCAUAGAGCUUGUGUGGCCACUGGCAAACAAGAUUGACAUCAAGCGACUGACAUGAUCACAUGAUUAUAUCCCAAGUGAACCUAAAAGUUCUCCCACACAACGACGCAGGGUUUUACAAACAACCACCAAGGGCAUGUUGUGGCGCGCCUGGGAGGGGUCCUUACAAUUUCAACCUGACAGCGAAGUGCGGUGAGCCUGGUGCCUCGGCUUGCGCUGAUCCUAAGACGCACUGGAGCUGGGAUGGUAUUCACUUGACAGAAGCCGCGUAUCUGCACAUUGCCAGAGGCUGGCUUCAUGGACCGUUCGCAGACCAGCCUGUUGUACAAGCAUCUUGAGUUGAGUACAGUACACCCAGCCUCUCCUCCCUGCUGUUCUUGCACCUCUAGAGUGAGUGUGCCACAAUAGCACACACCGUGCGUGACACCAAACUGGAUCCGAUAAGGUAAGGUAGUAGUAGUUCCAGUGCAGUCGGGUAAAGAGCUGAGAUAGGUCUAUUAAUUAAAGCUUGAUUCCUUUCAUUCAGGAUGGUGGUAUAAGUACAAUGUAAUGCACAAAACAAUUCAUAUGAGUACCAGUUAGAAAUCA